AUGGAAAAUUUAGAUAACAAUUCGUGGGUCUUCGAUUCACUUGUUGGUUUUUUACAUGGUCCGGUUUGGAAUAUACCACUACAAACAUUUAUUGAAGAAAAAUCACUUCCAUUCGAACCAACUGAUGAUGGGGAAGUAAUUGACAAACCCGAGUACAAGAAAAUCCAUGACGAAUAUCGAAACUUGGUGGAUGUGAUGUUGGGAUCUUUCAUGGACGACAUUGGCAUAUCAGCUGAUCAGUUCGAAGGAGCCUGCCGACUAUCAGCGCAUGACCUCGCCGGUCUACCAUCAUAUUUUCACAAGCGUCUCUUUGAACAGAUAUGGGCAGCAAAUGACUAUGAAAUGUUCGUAAAGAUGAUGACGCAUAAGAAUGUGGAGCUUCAAUUACAGGCCUUAGAGUUGAUUGAAAAGCGAUAUGGCAUUCUACCUAAUCUCUUCAAUGAGGAGUCGGAGAACUUAGAUUCAUCUGGUAGCACCGAGAAUUCAGAUUGGGCAGACAGCGAUGACGUCAUGACGGAGAUAAAAAAAUUGCAUUUGGACGAUUUCGAAGUUAAAGACGAAAUCACUGUCCCAAAAGAAGAGGUUGUAGCACAGAAGCAAACUUUACUAACGCAGCUUCAGCAUUUUGAGAACAUAGAAGAAAGCUCACCAAAACAAGAUACGGAAAAGAAACUGAAAGAAGUCGAACCAUUAAAUAAGAUUAUGAUACCCACUAAAACGGAGGUGAGUGAGGAAGAUAUACGUGAGCGCCAAGAAUAUUUAAAACAGCAAAGGGAUAAGCUGCUAGCAAUGAAGAAGCAGGUCAGAGAGAAGAAAUUAGGUUCGUUACAAAACGAAGGCGCAGGUGAAGGUUUAUCACAUUCGGCCAGACCACGUUCUGCUCGUGCCGCGCAGGCUGCUCUGGCUGGAAACACACCACAACCUGCAUCUGACGCCAUGCUAAUGAGAAAGGCUUUAGCUUCCAAACUCAAAACCGAAGUCGUUAAUAAGCAAUUGUAA